CUAUUUUGCCAGUCCGUUUAUGCUGUUGCGAUGGACUGAAAUCCCCCAGACUUUCGUGGAGGAAUGGGCGGUAUGGAGAUGCUAGCAAGAGGGGUGCUCGGCCGAUCAGCCAUGAUGAGCAUUAACCGGUUAAACUAACGCUACUGGAGGUGGAUAGAUGGUGUACAUUCACCAGGAAACACCCCACUGACAUAUUUACGACAGCAUGCACGCGUGUCAAUUCUGUUGGGUUUUUUUAGGAGCUGACAUUUGCAGGAAAUGCGGUUUUCUUGUUGGUAACGCUAGCUUCCUGCUAAGCUGGACACAAGCGAAGCUGUAAUGUAGGUUGAGGGGUUGCAGACAACUCUGUAGCUCUGUCAGUCAGCCUCAGUGCAACACCACCUCCACAAUCAACUUAUUGUUUCAGACAGCCGUGGACUCGGGUUGCUGCUUGGUGUUGUGUUUGUGCAUGUUGCCGUGGGAGAGGAAAAGAAAAACAAGAAAGACUGGAUGCAUCGAAAAUAUAAGCAGGGAAUAGAGCAUGGCUCAAGUGAAAGUACAGACCUCAGCACCCCUGGCUGGUCCUGGCCUCUCCCCCGGAGUUCCCCCGACGGCCAUGGCCAGCCCAGGAUCCCUGGGUCUGCAGCCCUCCGUCAACGGCACAGGCCCGGCCCCCACACCCGCCUGCCCUGCUCCUGCAGUCGGAUAUGGGGACGCCCCUGUGUCUGCCACAUCGCCAGGCCCGCCCCAGGAGAACAUGGCAAACCCUAAAGAGAAAACUCCAAUGUGUUUGGUGAAUGAGUUAGCCCGUUUCAACAGGAUCCAACCACAGUACAAGCUCCUCAAUGAGAGAGGCCCUGCACAUGCUAAGAUCUUCACAGUGCAGCUGACUCUUGGGGAGCAGGUGUGGGAGGCAGAGGGCACCAGCAUCAAAAAGGCCCAGCACUCCACAGCCGCCAAAGCGCUGGAAGAGAGUGUCCUUCCCAGGCCAGCGCCCCGCUCCCCUAAAGUGGACAUCAACAGCAACCCAGGCAGUAUAACACCCACAGUGGAGCUAAACGGUCUAGCCAUGAAGAGAGGGGAGCCAGCUAUAUACAGGCCCUUGGAUCCCAAGCCCAUGCCCAACUACAGAGCCAACUACAACUUUAGAGGGAUGUUCAACCAAAGGUACCAUUAUCCUGUUCCUAAGAUCUUCUAUGUGCAGCUGUCUGUGGGGAGUCAUGAGUUCAUUGGAGAGGGACGCACCCGCCAAGCAGCCAGACACAGUGCUGCCAUGAAGGCCCUGCAAGCUCUGCGCGAUGAACCCAUCCCAGAACGGCCGCCACAGAGCCCAGAGGAGAAAGGGGAAACUGAGGAAGGCACUGAUGCCAGCAAAUCAGAGAUCAGCCUGGUCUACGAAAUUGCCCUCAAGAGGAACUUAUCUGUCAACUUUGAGGUGUUGAAAGAGAGCGGCCCGCCACACAUGAAAAGCUUCCUGACCCGUGUCACUGUGGGGGAGUUCUCCGCUGAGGGCGAGGGCAACAGCAAGAAGCUGUCCAAGAAGCGUGCCGCUCUGUCCAUCCUGCAGGACCUGAAGAAGCUGCCUUUCGUCCCCGCUGUGGAGAAACCCAAGACACACUACAAAAAACGUACCAAGACCAUCCUUAAGACGGGACCAGACUAUGGCCAGGGCAUGAACCCGAUCAGCCGCCUGGCCCAGAUCCAGCAGGCCAAGAAGGAGAAGGAGCCAGAGUACCUGCUGCUCUCUGAAAGAGGGAUGCCCCGACGCCGGGAGUUCAUCAUGCAGGUGAAGGUGAAUAAUGAGGUUGCUACAGGAACAGGACCCAACAAGAAGGUGGCCAAGCGAAAUGCAGCCGAGGCGAUGCUCCUGCAGCUGGGAUACAAGGCCUCCACAGUCCCUCAGAACCCCACCGAGAUGGACAACAAAGGCUGGAAUGGACAAAAGGCGUCAUUUACCGAAGCGACAAGUAACACCCAGAAAGGUCUGCUCCACCUCAGCCCUGACGUCUACCAGGAAAUGGAGGCCAGCAGAAAACAGGGAAGCAGCGCUCCGGGCUCCGGCGGAAGCAGUGCCGGCUCCAUCAACUACAUGGCAUCCAAAGACAUGGGGUCCUGUUCUGCUCCUCUGCCCCCAGGACAUCCUCCAUACUACAGCGGGUCAGCCUCCUCACCCAGCCCAACUGCGACGAUGGCCAGGGAGCUGCUGCUUAACGGUCAGUCACCCACAGCCGACGCCUCCCUGUCAAUGAAGGGGAAGAACCCAGCCCUGGCCUGCAGCGUCUCAGUGCAGCCUGCACAGCAGCUGGACUACCUGGCACGCAUCCAGGGCUUCCAGGUGCAGUACAGUGAUGCACAGAGUGGUAAGGACUGUGUGACCUAUCUGACCCUCUCCCCUGUGCAAAUGACUUUCCACGGCACCGGGAGCACCCUCCAAGCCAGCCAUGACCAGGCUGCUCUAAGUGCCUUGAAACAGCUGUCAGAGCAGGGACUGGACCCGGUGGAUGGCCCUAUCAAGCCCAGUGAACCAUGUGGGAGGGAGGACGGACAUUAAACAGACUAACUCAGGCACCACCACUCAGGUCUGCAAGGAUUCAAAGGCUGUCGUCUAGGAGCUGACAACCCCAAACCCCUCCCUCAGCAUACACAGCCCCCCCACCCCCACCCUUCACCCCGAUCUCCCAUAACCUACAACCCACAGUGUCCCCACUACCCACAAUUCCCCCACCCUCUCUUCCCUCCCAACCCCAUGAUUGCCACUGUAUCCUGCAAAACCUGUAAACAUGCAAUAGGGUGGAUGUGCACCGAGAAAUGACCGACUAAAACACCAUUACCUGAGUCUAUGUGAAGACAACGCUAUCUUAACACGUUUAUCGAUGAUUUCAGUCAAAAUUUAGAGGUCGAAAAAAGUGGAUACACGAAACAUAAACAUAAUGAGAUAAAUGCAUGGUACUGUAUGAAAAAUCAAGGGAAAUCCAAAGUGAGUACGCUGCAUAGACAACUUUCCCUUUGGAUCAGUGUCCGUUGGUAUGGUUAAAACAAAUAUGUACAUCAUGCCAUUGAAAUACAAAAGAAACAUUUUAGGGGAGAAACCAACUUGCGUACAGUAGCUUAUUUUUCCGGGGUAUUAUGUUUCCUUUUUUUUUUCUUUUUUCUUUUAUUUUUUUGGUUAUUUUAUUAAUCUAACAAUGCUUGAGUACUGUAUUUAAAAUUAACCAAUGCCAGUGCUGUGAAAGUUGUAGUUGUUGUCUUCAUAUAUAGUCACCCAGCUUACCUUGUAUGCUGACAUAAGAAAAAAAAAAAGAUUCAUCUAUCUAUAUGGAUGUGUAUGACUUGCAAGAGUAUCAUAUUC